AUGGCCUACAAACAAUGGAUUGGCAUCAAGAACCGCAGUCGCCUGCGCAGGAGUGACAUUCGCAUCAAGGACGCCAAGCUCGAAUCCGGCAAAUUCUAUCGCGGCAACAAGGACAACGGGAUCGGCCCGAGCGAGAUCAACAAGAUAGUCAUCGCGCCGCAGUCCGAGGCCUCGGUACAUUCAUGCGGGCGGUCGGACGCGGACAUCGGUACCGAGGGCCAGUACACGCUGGACGAAUGGAACGUCACGCACGAGACCAAGAUCUACCGGGUGUAUUGGAGCGCGCCAUGGGGUGCGCACUCUAACGUGCUCAGCAUCCUGGACUGGGACCCCAACACGUCUGAUUACUCCGUUAUCAAAGAUGAUGUGCAGCAGGACUCGACGAUUGGAAAUGUCGAGGUUGUGAUGGCCAAGUUGGCAUGA